GGGGCUCGGUUCUGUCCCGUUUUGGCUUACCCGUUGUUUUUCCAGAAUCCUUCCGCCCAGUCGAGCGUCUCGGAGACGUGUCCAUUCAAAUCAAUUGGACAAUUUCAAGUUUUCUCAAUUUGUCUGUGUCCAAUAAUUGGGGCAGAGGUCAUCUGCAGUGGGAACAAUGGCUGUGUCCGUUAGUGAUCUUUCUAUCCUGCUCCAAAAUAUAUCGAUCUCUUCCGAACCAAAGUCUGGCCUGGACGAACUGAAGAACGUUUUAUCUACGCUCCGUAUUGAUCAUAUUCAAAAUGCUGGCGAUGAGCUCGAUCUAAAAAUUCUAUUUGACUGCUUGAACAGCUCCAGCAAGGAGCAGGUGGAGACAUGUUCUGAUGUGCUUGGCAAGCUGUUAGUUGCAAGUCCAGCCUCUGUAAACAUCAUGAGGUACCCAACUGAGCUUGACCGAGCUCUGUCCCACCCCAUGGAGGCUGUCAAACUGCUGGUGCUCAAACAGGUGUCACGAUGUGUUGCUGAUGACAGUGCAUUGAGGAACUUGAAACUCCAUUCUGGAUUACUGAAGAAUGUUAUCAGCUGCAUUGGGUGCCGCGAGGCGUCAGUGGGCUCGGCGGCCAUACGUGUGGUGACGGCGCUGGCCUGUAGCAGCCAACAGGCCGUCCUACUGGUGUUCAGCCCGCCACUGCUCGACCAGCUGCGCCAAACCAUGGCCUCCAGCGACGUCGUCCGCUACCGGGGAUACGAGGUGGCGGUCAGCGUUUCGUGCGUGUCACGGGAGAACAUGAAGCUUCUGACGGACGUGGGCCUGCUGCCUGAGCUGGUGCAGGAGGUGUUCGGCCGCGACGUUCUGGUGCAGCUGAACGCCCUCGAGCUGCUCACCACGCUGGCGCGGGCCGACCACGGCUUCGAGCACCUGGAGGCGGAGGGCGUUACCCAGCGGCUGGAGAAGCUGCUGACCGUGCCCGAGGACGCGUCGAUGCACGACUACAUCCUGCCGGGUGUGAUGAAGUUCUUCGGCCAGGUGGGGCACGACCGGCCUGAACACGUGCUGUCACGGUACCCGUCGUUCGCUGCCAACCUGCUCUCGAUGGCGGCCGAGCCGGACCACACUCGUCGCCUGUCCGCGCUCGACACGCUGGCCUGUCUCGGCAUGACGGUCGCCGGCAAACUGGCGCUCGGCAGACAAGGUACGGCCAUGACGGAAUGCGUGGCCGAGAUCGGCCGGCUGGCCCAGAACGCGCCCAGCGAACUUCGCAUCCGGGCCCUGGAGACCAUCGAGCAGCUGCUCCAGCUGAAGGCGGGUGAACUGACGGACGAGCUGCUGGCGCUGACACAGGCCUGGUUCGCGGCCGUGGCGCCCCAGCCGCUCGACCUGGUCUGGGGCCUGGCGCGACAGCCGUUCCUGGACCUGCGCCUGGCGGCGCUGCGCGUG